AUGUCCAUCUAUACAAUGCCAAAGAACUCAGACCUCCAGCUGAGUCUCUACCUCAGCCAGGCACUCAGCUACCUCUCCGACCACGCCUCCAUGACCCUCUUCUCCGUCAGGAAACUCAACGUCGGCUCCUCACAAAAGGUCUUCAACCCUGACGGCUCACCUAUCGCAGACAACGUUCAGUUGACCAUGCGCUCCAGCAGCAUCGGAAGCAACUCUGUCGACUUGCAGCUGUUCUAUGAUCCAUACGACUGGUCCUUCCCUCCAGACAUUAUCCUCCAUGGCCUCUUCAUGAAGCCAUCACUCAGCGAUCUGGGACUGGACGAUACUUGGGAUCACGAGGACCCUGCCAAUUUGAGCAAAGUGCUCAAGAGACUCUCGUAUAUGAUGCAGGUCAUUUUCGCAGUUCCGUUCUACAUCAACUUUCAGGACCAGGGAGUGAACCAACAGAUCAAAUUGGUGGCCAAGAUUCAGUUUUUGAUCAGCUCCUUGGUACCGAACGAUGUGGCGGCUGUCAAGAGCCACAUUGAACCACUUUCCACAUUCGACUACCCAGAUCUCUUGCGCGGCGUACCGGAUAUCGGCAAACACGAGCCUGUCAUGGAAUACAUUGAGCGGGUUUCAAAGAGGAUCACAGAACACUACGACAAGUUACAGAGGAGACGCGAGAUGAAGAAGGAGAUGAUCGAGACCCUUGUCGGGACUUUCAGACAAAACUUGCUGGAGUGUGACCUUGUGAACUAUACAUUCGCCUCAUUCAUGUUGAUCGCCAACAGGGACAAGGGCCGCGACGGAACAGCAAGUGCCAUCGCCACAUUCUACCUGUCAGACUCGUUCCCAGACGAGUAUCCAAAGCUCACAUUGUCAGCACCCCUCUUGCCCAGCUCGUCGUACCUGCCAACACCCGAACCCGAAGUCAUCCCAAUCAAACGGUACAGUCCCCGAUGGGCCGCCGAGAGGAUUGUCACCGAGAUCUGGGAGCAGCUUUAUGACGAGAUCCCGCGCUUCUACACCAAGGCCAUUCACUUUGCUUCUGCACCUUCACUUCCGUAG